AUGACAACGCCCACCCAGUCCCACGCGCCGCACGGAGCCCCAAAGAGACCCAGACCUGAUGACCUCGACCUUUCCGUGCCUGGAAUCCCGGAUCUGGAGCAGACUGACCUCGAGAGCAUGCAACAGACGCCACUGGGAACUGGUUACGGGCAAGGAGUUCAAGUACAACCUCCCACGCACCACCACCAUCGACUUCCUGACACAGGGCCCCCUUCUAAGCUAAUGAGGCGCGAUGGAGAUGGCGGGGACAGAGGCGGCGCUCCAAGCGUGGUAGGACAAGCUGGCAUGCCCGCUCCAGCACCGAGACCGCGAGGGCCGAAGCUCAAGUUCACGCCUGAAGACGACCAACUUCUAAUCGACCUGAAGGAGAACAAAUCACUUACCUGGAAACAAAUCGCCGACUUUUUCCCUGGUCGAUCAUCUGGAACCUUGCAAGUGCGCUACUGCACGAAGCUGAAAGCUAAGACAACCCAAUGGACCGACGAGACGGACCAAAAGCUUCGCACUGCACUUCAAGACUACGAGAAUGAGAAAUGGCGCAUUGUGGCCAACAAAGUCGGGACCGGCUUCACCCCUGCCGCUUGCCGCGAGCGCGCCCAGGAGUUGAUGGGUGGUAUGGGUGCUCCUUUAUAG